UAAAAGUCGUAUAGAACCCUAAAAUAUGUGUUAGAACCCUAAAAUCGGGGAGAGGGGGCGGUGCUUCGGCGAUCCUGGGCGCAAUGGUUCUCGAGGCGACGAUGAUCUGCAUAGACAAUUCCGAGUGGAUGCGAAAUGGGGACUACUAUCCGACGAGUAGAUUCCAGUCCCAAGCCGAUGCUGUCAAUCUUAUCUGUGGCUCCAAAACGCAGUCUCAUCCAGAGAAUACUGUGGGGAUUUUAACGACUGGGGGCAAAGGAGUGCGCGUGCUCGUCACGCCAACGACGGACUUGGGCAAGAUCCUUUCGUGUAUGCACGGUGUUGAGCUUGGGGGCGAGUCGAAAAUCACUUCCGCAGUCCAGAUCGCACAGCUUGCGCUGAAACACAGGCAGAACAAGAACCAACGUCAAAGAAUAGUGCUCUUCGUUGGAAGCCCUGUGGCAGCCGAGAAGAAAAUACUCGAGACUAUAGGCAAGAAGCUGAAGAAGAACAAUGUAGCUUUGGACAUCGUCGAGUUUGGCCAGGAGGACGAUACCAAGAGCGAGAAGCUAGAAGCACUGCUAACGUCUGUCAACAGCAACGACAACAGCCACAUUGUCCAUGUCCCGCCAUCCUCAGAAGUUCUCACCGAUGCGCUUCUCAGCUCGCCGAUAUUUGAGGGCGAUGGAGAGGGUGGCAGUGGCUUUGCAGCAGCCGCAGCAGCGGGAGUAGCAGCGGCCGCGGCCGCUGCUGCCGGUGGAGCUGGUGGCUUCGAGUUUGGUGUCGAUCCAAACUUGGAUCCGGAGCUGGCCUUGGCUCUUCGUGUCUCGAUGGAGGAGGAGCGCGCAAGGCAAGAAGCAGCGGCCAAGCGAGCUGCCGACGAGCAAGCUCCUGAUGGUGCACCAAAAGGAGAGACCUCUGGCGCUGUUGCUCCUCCGAGUGACGCUCCCGCUGCAGUUUCGACUGAGAAGGGGCCGGACGUUGUGAUGGACGAUGAGUCUGCUUUACUGGCUCAAGCCUUGGCAAUGUCGAUGAAUGACGCGGUGGGAACUUCUGGUACCAGCGCCGAUGACACGAAUAUGACUGAAGCUGUGGGAGAAGAUCAGGACCUCGCAUUCGCACUCGAGAUGUCCAUGCAAGGCGAAGGCAGCGAAGGUGACAUGAACAAAGUGUUGGGCGAUCCGAGCUUCAUGAACUCUAUUCUGGCCUCGCUCCCUGGAGUUGAUCCGAAUGAUCCGUCAGUGCGAGACGUUUUAGCUGCACUACAAGCGGAGGAAGAGGAAGUACGCAAGCAGCAGAACGACUCCUCCGAAAAGCAUUGAUUAAUUGGAAAUGGUGAUCUCCAUUUGUUACUCAAAGCUAGAAUCAAGCUAGAACUUUUCUUGUCAAAUCCUCGCUUGGAUACAAGGAUGGGUUUUUCCUCUUAGAUGAAGAUCAUAUUAGCUUAUGAACA